CUUCAGGCAGCCGGUGGUGUCAGUCAUCAACCGUGGAGACUUCAAAAAAUGACCGUGAAUUACUGAGUAGGUUUUCAAUUAUCGUGAAAUGCUCGAAUAAGGAACCGCAGUUAUGAAGGUUGAAUGGGGUUCUCGGGUGACGGCUCGCUCACGUCGCCCCGCAAACCGAGCGCCUUUGGCCGCAGUCCGAAGGAGCUUUUAGUGGACGUUUGCUAAAUUUAGCCAUUGUGAGCCAAGCUAACACGCUACACUGAAGCUAACGUUGACUGCUAGCAUAAGUUGUUCUUUAACAACAGCGUUGAAGGAUUCCUUCAAAGUAAAGCUGUCAAGAAAUUGUUGUGGCAGUAUUUUUUCUGAUGGUCAGCCAUGGAUGAAGACGACAGCCAAGAUGAGCUGAUCAACCGCAGCGCGUCCCACAGCAAAGGGAAGAGGACCGCGCUGUGGGCCAUCUCAGAUGACUCAGACAGUGGUGAAGAGGAGUCUGAGGAGGGAGAAUCUGACAGUGGUGAGGAAGAAGAAGAGGGGCAUCGAGAUGGAGAGGAUGACGAAGAAGACGACGACGACGAUGAGGAGGAGGAGGAAGAUGAGGAGGAAGAUGAUGGCGUCGAGGAGGGAGAUGCUAAGGCCGAGGAUGGAGCUUCUGGGGGAAUCCCUAUUGAUCUUGCGGAGAUGAGCUCGGACGAGGAUGCAGAAAAGUGUCCCAUCUGCCUUAACUCAUUCAGCAGCCAGCCUGUUGCAACACCAGAGAGCUGCGAGCACUACUUCUGCCUCGACUGCAUCCUCGCAUGGGCCAAGAAUGCCAACUCUUGUCCCGUAGACCGCAUUGCCUUCAACAGCAUAUACCUAAGAAAAUGUUAUGGAGGCAAGGUGAAGAAAAUGAUCACGGUACAAAAGCCCGUGAAGGAAGGGCUAGAGGAAGUAAUCGAUGUGGACCUGGAGCAGACCAGAUGUGAAGUCUGUAGGGGGAGUGACCGCGAGGACCGUCUAUUGCUCUGCGAUGGCUGUGACGCUGGGUAUCACAUGGAAUGUCUCACGCCCCCCCUUGACUCUGUUCCUGUGGAGGAAUGGUUCUGCCCUGGAUGUGAAGCCAGCAAUCGUCACUCAAGGGCUUCAGCUGAUGAUGUGAGUGAUGCAGAGAGCCUGCCAUCUACUGCCCGCCCUGCCACCAGUCGCCCCCAGUCCGCCGCUGCAGGUCCCACCAGAGCUAUUGCCCGAACUCAGCAGAGCGAGAGGGUUCGGGCAAACGUCAAUCGCCAUCGCAUCACACAGGCACGCUCAUCGCAGCUGGCUCCCACGUAUCUGAUUCAGUCCAAUUGGCUGGACGAUACUAUCAAUGCCGUUGUGUCCGGGCUCAACACGGCCGUGUAUAUACGGGACUUGACACCUCGUGUCCCAUCGAGCAGCAGGCGCAAGACCGGGAAGCGCAGAAAGGUAAGAAGGAGGAAGACGUCCUCUGCUACGGGUAAAUCCGGCACAGGAGCCCGCAGGCGGAGACGGAAAGUGAGAAGAACUAAAUCCCGAAAAAAUCUGAUGUUGCAAAAGGCUGCCACCCCUCGGGGCCGUAUCGCCAGUAAUCUCAGAAUUGUAAAGGACACGAAGAACUCUUCGCUUCCUACAGUCUACCGGCCGUCAGAGCAAACGCUGAGCAGCAUGCGCGCUGACAUAGGUGCAGCAUCCCUCUCCAUCUAUGGAGAUCCAUUCGACCUGGAUCCAUUUGUGGAUCGUAUCGAUUUGAACAGCGACGGGGAAGGACAGCAGGCCCGUGUUACAACGAUCUUGGAGGCCAAGAGACGAGGGAUCUCUCGCUCCGCUCUUCGCUCCCACCAGCCGGUAGCUCGCCCAGUCACUGCAGGUGUUUCCAGGAGAGGUAUGAAUAUCCACCAAUCAGGGGGCGAUGUGGAGGUUUCUCCUGUACCCGACCUCCUGGGCAGCAUCCUGUCGGGACAGAGUGUCCUCUUGAUGGACAGCUCUGAUGUCGUUAUUAAUCGGGAUGGUACCCUUAAAGCUAUAAAGCCAACGAUGCCGUCCGCGUUAAAUCCAAGUUGCAGUAGCUCAGGAGACGCCGGCGCCCAGCUCAGCCCGGGGAUGUCGCCGAACCAGGGAGACGCUGCUCAGUCUUCCAGCUCCAACGGAGACCUCGCGGGGUCCUCCCACAGGUCUAUGAACAGAACUACCCCCCAGAGCUCUUCUCGCUUGCCCCCCCAGAUGCCCUGCUCAGCCAGCCACAUCCACCCACCCUCCCAUUCGGACUUGCCACCCAGAGGUCAUCCGAGGCUCCAGCCGCCUCGUCCAUUAGGACCCACACGCCCUCCUGGUCACUGGAGAAACGUCGGAGUUGAGGAGCCCGGCCCCUCUUCCUCCGUCCACCCCGCGCUCAGCUCCGCCUCCAAGAGUAAGGGAGGGGCCUCAUCCCGGUCCCAGCAUCAAAAAGCAACUACGAAGCCCGCGUGGGUAGAUGUGUCAGUGCUUCCCAGGAUACCAAAAAUAAAAAGGGAGAGCAGUGGCAUCGCACAGGAAGGCACUAGCCACGGCGGCAGCAAUAAAAGCAGCAGCAGCAGCAGCAGCAGCAGCAGCAGCGGCGGCGGGACAGGCAAUGGUAGUAAUUCUGCCAGCGGUAGUAAUGGUUACCGUGUGCCAGAGACAGGCAUGACCUGCUUUACUGGGGACAAGGGGAGGCAGCAAAGUGUGGACCGGCAAAAGGGUCGACCCGAUGGUCCGGCUCCGAGGCAGAGGCCCGAUGGAUCCGGCUCCUCCUCAACCUUCUCCAACUCGUUCUCCUCCUCCUCUUCUUCUUCGUCGUCCCCCGGCGGCUCUUCUGCCAGCCACCCGCAUUACUCCCUUCCUUCCUCGUCAUCGUCGGCGGUAAGCUUCCGCAUUAACUCCAGUGGGAACUCCUGGCAGUCGAGGCAGCUGAGCAGCUCGUCGUCCUCGCCUGCUGGAGGCGGUGCGCAGACAUCUCGGAGUGCGAAGGCAGAUGAGGCAAAAAAGCGGCAGAUGCACAGGGACAAAAAGAUGCUGCUGGCAUCACGCGUGCUGGGCAGUAAGGAGCCAGACAGUGAGACCAUCUAUGAUCCCUUUGAUCCCACACUGUCAGACUCCAGCAGCUCAGGUGGCGAAGCUGAGAGCGCAGCCCUGGAGGUGCACGCGCAUCAUCCCGCACUUCAGGGGAAGCCUCCCGGUUUGGCCAAUAAAAAGGUACUCGUGAAAAGCGAGCGGGACCUCGUUAGUGUGAAAGCUGAAAGGCAGGAGGUUGACGUCUCACAGAAAGAACCAAGAAGAACGGGUGCUCAGCAGAAGGCCAAAUGCUCAUAUGACAAUGUCAAGGUAGAAGAAGAACAUAGAUCAAUAGACAUCAAGACUGAGAAACAAACGUCGUUACUCGCCACUUCCAAAGUGAAGACUGAGCCCGGGUUAGUGGACACAGGAGAAGAUGAAAGGUUUGGUCGCAGCGGAAAAAGUUUCAAGUCAGAGAAAGCGGAUGACACCACAGCCGCUUAUCAAAGUCUGCGUGCUUUAAAGACUGAGAGAGAGGCCCUCGAUGAGGAGAGUGGACAAAGUGUUGACUGUGAGAGCAGUUCAUCAGCCCCGAGCGCCGCCCCCACCGAGAAGAAGCUCAAGCUUGAAACAUCAGAUUCCAAACCCUCUCCCGCGUCAAAAGAUUUAGGCCAAGAGAAGAAUUCCUUCAGGGCUGCAAAGGAGAUACGCUGUAGCAGUUCAGAGAGGGACAGAGACUGCAGAGCAGACCAUCGGGCCGUGGGCCAGGAAGGCCGACUGAGAGGGAAGGAGAAGGAAAGAGGACGGAGCUCCAGAGAGACGACGAGAAGGGCGCGCUCGACUUCAGAAAGCUCCUUGUGGAAUUCCCCAGAUGAGACUCGCAGGAAGAGACGGCGGUCCAGAUCCAGAGACAGGAGGCGAUCUAGGUCUGGUUCCAGCUCCAGCAGCAAAGAGCGUUCAAGGAAGAAGAAACCAGAACAAAAGAGCAAGGAGCGCUCUGAUGACCGAGAGAGAGACUGUGACAGAAGACGGGUAUCAACGGACAAGAGACGCGGCCGGUCCAGGUCCAGGUCACAGGAAAAAAAAAAUGUACGGUCUUGCUCCAGAUCCCGAUCCCGAUCGAGGGAAAGGAGGAAAGACCACACGCAACUGCAACCAUCGUCCCUCUCCUCCAGAGACAAGGAGUCACAGUCAAGAGAGAGGAAGGGACACGGGUCUAGAUCGAGCUCAAGAGAGAAAAAGAAAGAAGGGUCACCAUCAAAGAGUUCUCAGAAAACCUGCAUUUCGUCCUCUAAAGACACAAAACUCUUACAGGGCAAGAAAAAAGACAAGGAUGUCAGUCAAAGCUCCCUCAAAGACGACAAAGCUGCCGCAGUGACUAAACUGAGAAUUGCCGCCACUGAAAUUAGAAAGAAAGACAAAGACUGCUUGAGCGCAACCGUGGAAAUAUUGAAAGAGAUAAAAAUUGAAAAAGACAUUAAGAAAGAAAAACAACAAUCUCUUGGCAUGUUUGAAGACUGUUGUUCUCCUGCGCAACAAAUCAAGAAAGAAGAACCCGACGCUCGUCGUCCGACCGCAGCUAAAGACGAGGAGGGAAGCAGAGAAGACCCCAUUAAGACGGAGAUGUUUGAAAUCAAGACGGAGAUCUGUGAAGCCCCCUUCGUUAAAUCUGAGCCAGGUUCCCCAGAGUUGUGCCACUUCACCUCGUCCCCUGCCCCGAUCACGGCAGACGCUCUCCGGGAAGCGCCGGCCGCUGCGUCUCACGCAGAGUCCACGGCCCCCGUGGGACAACCGGGCGCCUCCGGGCUGCCUCUCCCUGUGAAGCAGGAAGUUCUGCAACCCUCAGACGACGACGACGAUGACGACGACUUUAACGUGGACGUCAUGCUGGACAAUCUGGACCGUGUGAAGUCUGAGUGCGCAGGGGAAAGCGCCGCGUGCGUCGAACAAAAGCCGGAGGUCGGAGAGGAGAAGAAAGAACCGGUGUCUGCUGCAGGGGGAGCAAAAGCUAAGGCUCAGGUGAAGAGGGUUACCUGGAAUAUACAGGAGCCUGAGGGGCCUCAGCCACAGAAAUCUGCAAGCAAGCUUUCUCUGUACAAAUUGAAGCUGAAGCAGGAAGGAGCUCGCAGACCCUCUUCAGCCGUCCAGACCUCCAGUCAGGAAAUUCCCGGAGCUGCCAGACACCCCUCCAAGACCACUGCUGUUGGUCCGCUCAGUUCCUCCUCGACAUCCGAAGGGGAGCAAGGAGACGCGGAGGAAGGGGAUUUGCCGAGGAAAGACCAGUAUUUGAAGAAGCUGCACAUGCAGGAGCGAGCUGUGGAAGAGGUGAAGCUUGCCAUCAAGCCUUUCUACCAGAGGAGGGACAUCGACAAGGACGAGUACAAAGAGAUCCUACGCAAAGCCGUCCAGAAGGUGUGCCACAGCAAGAGUGGGGAGAUCAACCCUGUGAAGGUGGGCAAUCUGGUCAAGGCAUACGUGGACAAAUACAAACACGCAAGGAAACACAGGAAAGGAGAGGACUCGGGACAGGCACAGGAGGCUGAGGAUGGGAGGACCUCUGACAGCCCAUGAGGGGGUGUAACAAAAAGGCGAGGACGGCUCCAAGCACUAAAUGUUUCACUUUGUGUCCUGCCACCAUCAAACUCGGGCUAACACAUUCGUGACGGCUGCUUGAGAUUUUGCUCAAAGCUUCGAGAUGGAACACUUCCUGUAAAGUCGAGCUGUCUAUCCUGAAGUUUCAGGACAAACUUUGAAUUUGUUUCCGUUGACCACUUGAUUUCUGCCUGAUGACGUAGUGCUCUUGGACCGGCCCCUCUGUUCACUCCGGCUCAGCGACUUCCUGGGAGACCUUGAGGUUGUGCCUUGAAGAGGCAAACCGCAAAGCCCCCUCAUGAAGCGCUGAACCAGGGAGGAUGCUGCCUGGGCUUUGACUUCCAUGUGUCGGUUUUUUCUCUGUGGGAUUAAAGGAGUAUUUAUCAGUGGCAAACCUAAGAGGUGCGAAGGAUGCACGUCAAAGACAUCCUUCAAAAACAACACUGUUAUGCAAUUUUUGUAGAACAUUUAUGAGUAGGGUAAUUGUACAAUUUUAGAUUUGGUUGUAAAUAAUAUAGAUUGGAUUAUAUAUAUAUAUAUAAUCUCAAUUUCUGUUCCUUUCAUCUGUUUACUGACAUUCUGCCUGUUGCGAAUGACAUAAAUGAUUUGAGUUCAUAGUUGAUUGUGUUUUGUAUUUUAAAGGCUCUGUUGACAUCCCUCGUGGCCAUGAGCUGAAUGAAUCUGCUCCAGCAUACUGCAGGCAAACUCUUUCUCAGCAGUUUGAAAGGAACAGUCUCUUCUUUUCAGGCAGAUGCGUUUAUGUUCAGAACAAACCUUUUGAAUUGUAUCCGUUUUUUCGACAAUUUACUGGUUUUAGAGAACCAGGGAAUGUCUUGUAUUUUUCAAGAUGGUAGGGAUAAACGAACACAUUAAGAAAUGGAAAUAAUGAGAAGGAUGAUAUUAAUGUAACAUUUCCUUUAAUGGAUCACCACUCAAGAAUUCAUUGGGUAGAUUUUAUUUGGGCAAGAAAGGGAAUAAUACACACUUCAUGUCUCAGUGGCUGAGCUGCAGUCCGAUUAUUAUAAUGUUCUUAUUUUUUCACCGCCUUACCUGGUGCUCAUGUACACAAACAUUUAAACUACAGGGUUUUUUUAUUUUGUAUUUGAUGUAUAUAUUUGUGUUAAUGGCACAUGUCAUGCUUUUGUGAGAUAAAUAUAUAUAAUCUGAUUUAAAAAAAAGGAACAUGCAACACUUUUCAAGGUCGAUAUGAAAAACACCACACGGCCUUCUAGUUGUCAGUAUUAUAGGAAUACGUUCUGUUUGCCUGCAGUACUUCUCACUGUGGAUUCAUCGUCCUAAAGCCAACUCAUUUUGCAUGUCCACCAUUUUGUUGUCUCCAGUAGUUUGUUAAGCGGCGGGCGGACUUGUUCUUUGUUGUCACGUUUAAGCCGGCUUUAUAAAGAUGAGUGGUAGAGGAAUCUAUAAAAACAGGUGCUCAUGUUUAUCUGAAUGUGUUUCACUUUUUCAGCAUUUACUUGAUCAGACAGGUCAGCUGUUUCUAAGAGAAAACACAAAUACGAAUAAAUCACUGACAAUAUAAACAA